AUGCAACGCGUUGUGUACCUGUUGGUGCUCGCAGUAAGAAAUAUUGUGUGCAGUGACAAUGAGUUACACGAGUACCUUAACAGAACAGAUCCCGCGACUCGACAGAUUUAUGAGUUUGCAAAAGAGCAUCCGAAACCUGUCGGAAUACUUACAGUAAGCUCAGGAAAAUUUGUCGAAAUACGCGAGAGUAAUGCAUUAAAUUCUGAUGCAUUUUCCAAUCCAUAUCAUAAUGAUCUAUUCGCUCACAUUCAAACUGAAAGAAUCCCUGAGCGAAUUGUACAUGCUCAAGGUUAUGCAGCGUUUGGCUAUUUUGAAGUAACCAACGAUGUUUCAAAGUAUACAAAAGCGGAUGUAUUUAACGGCGUUGGAAAGAAAACACCAGUAGUUGUUCGAUUUUCAACGUUUGCGCAAAAUCUAGGAGGAAGUGAGCUUGCUAGAGAAGCAAAAGGUUUUUCUAUAAAGUUUUAUACGAAAGAAGGAAAUUUAGAUAUCGUAGGCAUCAAUUUUCCUGUCUUCUCUCAUCGAGAUCCUGUUGAUUUUCCACAUUUCAUGCAUGCUCUAAAGAGAAACCCUAAAACUAAUUUAUUCGAUUUUACGGCUCGUUGGGACUUUGCGACUAAGAAACCAGAACUUAUACAUGCAACAUUAUGGCAACUCUCUGAUUACGGUAUACCAAACGGAUGGAGGAAAAUGAAUGGAUACGCUGUUCAUACUUAUGAAAUCAACAAUAAGAAUGGAGAUAAAUAUUUUGUUAAAUUUAAUUUUAGAUCCGAACAAGGUCUUGAAAACCUUUCAGAUGAGGUAGCAUUAAAUAUUUCAAAGCGAUUCCCAAGUUAUUUUACCAGAGAUCUAUAUAACGCAAUAGAAAAUAAAAAUUAUCCUUCAUGGACAUUAGAAAUGGAUGUUAUGACAUUGAAUGACAUAAAACAUCUUGAUUAUAAUCCCUUUGAGCUUACUAGAAUAUGGAAAAAAGGGACUUAUCAGACAGUAGUUAUAGGUCGUCUUGUCUUAGACAGAAUUCCAGAUAAUUUCUUUAGAGUUGGUGAACAAAGUGCUUUUAAUCCAGGCAACUUAGUACCUGGUAUUCCUGGGCCCAUGGAUACACUCUUCAGAUCCAGACGAAAGUCCUAUCGAAAUUCUCAAAUACAUCGUUUGACUAUAAACUCUAACCGAAUGGAAGUAAAUAGUCCUCUAUACUGGAAGGUGUAUAACCGUGAUGGACGCCCUCCAGUGAAACACAAUAUGAAAGAUGCACCAAACUAUUACCAAAAUUCUUUUAAUGGUCCAGUUCCAUUUAUUAAUCCCAGUCGACCUAACGAACGUUUUACAGUGUACGAAGCUAACGCUGUUGAUUUAGAACCUGCAUCAUAUUUCUACAACCACUACCUAGAUCGUGACCAAAGAGAGAGACUUAUAAAUAAUACAAUACCUACACUAGCGCCAGUAGCCCCAGAAAUACAAAGACGGGUGAUACGUCUGUUGACUUUAACAGAUCCGCUACUGGGAAGGGAAGUUGCUGAUAGGCUGAAACAUGCUCAAGUGCUAAUACCUCCACUCCGACCUGCACGUGUUCUAAAAUAUAAGAGACGUAAUGCGUUC